AUGGUUAUCAAACACAUUUCGGAGCCGGUCUCUGAAAGAGGUACACCAUCACCAGUAAGCUUCAACACGACUGGUGUAGUAUCCUAUCCUGUAUCCCGUUCCACAAAUCAAUAUACGCCAUCAACCUUGCGUUACCGAGAUCCCGAUUACCCACUACCGUCCAUCGAAAGAGACCCAGCUUCAACGUCAGCUGAAAGUUACAGCAAUAACUCUCUGGCAACUAAUAUACCCUCCGCUUCCUCCUAUGCAGAAGCAUUGCCCGAAGGUUCUGAGUGUGGGAGCUUAGUCCAGCGUUUUCAGAAUUUGAAAAUACCCUCGGGUCUGCAACAGGCAAUAUCAAGCCCUCAGAUCACUGCCUCUCAAAGGGAGCGGUCAGCUGCUUCGCCUUCUCCAUCCAUCCAUAUUACUCCCACAGCAUCGGAUACGAAUUCUCGACAUCCGACAGCUAACGCAGGGGUAGAAGGUCUAGCUGAUGGUAUUAGUGUGGCACAAAUGAGGCACAAUCAUCAACGCGCCCAGUCUGCAGAAUCCAAUAUCUAUCUGAGUCAUGACGACUCUGCGGAUGGUAGUCAAAUUAUAGGCCGCUCAACGGCCUCCCCAUCACGACGCCGUCGAUCCGGUUCUGGGAUCCCGCAACCAACACACAAAGUAGAAGACGAGGAGCCUCCACAAGCAUUAUUCUAUGAGACGCAAUUUCAGGAAGCCUUGACUAACGCGAAAAAUGUUACAGCAAGACUAGCCAGAGUCUUAUCAGAAGUAAAUUCACACCAUGAAAACGAUUCAAGUAUUCAAAGCUUGUGCCAGCACGCAACUAGAUUAAGCACAUUUGAACCGCCUUCGCGCCGCAUUGUCGGACUUGUCGGGGAUUCAGGGGUAGGAAAAAGUAGUCUGAUCAACUCAUUACUCGAUAAAAUCGAGUUUGCGCGAGCGAGCAACAGUGGUGCUGCCUGCACCUGUGUAGUCACAGAGUAUCAUUUUCAUGAUAAAAAUGAUUACUCAAUCGGCAUUGAGUACUUCACUGUGCAAGAGCUCAGAACUCAAUUCGAACAGCUUCUCAGAGUGUAUCGGGAACACAAAUCAAUGACGGUGGCUGAAGCCGGUGAAGAUUUGAGACAAGAAACUGAAGCCCGUGAAGACUUGAGACAAAAAGCCGAGCUCGCAAAAGUGACUUUCCAAGCAAGUUUUAGAAGGAAGUUGGAUGACAUCCCCGAAGUACUUAGUGAUCUUCCUUACGACCAGGCUGUCAACACGAUGAUGGCCUGGGUACCGGAAGUAGCUCCAGAACUGGGCACUCGAGUAGGUGAGACUCGAGAGGCAUUCGAAGAUAUCAAUGAAUGUUCCAAUCGUUUGAGAAUAUUGACUUCUGAGAUGGAGGAAGGAGGCCAAGCAUGUCUCUGGCCGUUUAUUCGCAAAUUGAAGGUGUACAUGAGGGCAUAUAUACUAAGUAGGGGACUUAUACUUGUCGACCUUCCAGGGCUUCGCGAUCUCAACUAUGCACGGAAGAAUAUCACUGAACGAUAUGUCAGACAAUGCGACCAAAUAUUCGCAGUUGCUAAGAUUGGAAGAGCGACAACAGAUGCAGGAGUGCAAGAAGUGUUUGAACUAGCAUGCCGGGCCUCACUACUCAACAUCGGUGUCGUUUGUACACAGACUAAUGAGGCAAAAGAUGAUUGGCCUGCCGAGAGAGCUAGGAUUAGCAGAAUGGAGGAAGAUAUUACCCGCAGAAGGGAAGAGCUCGCGUCUCUCGAGGAAGAUAUCAGUGAUUUCAGUCAACAGCAUCGUCUUUCGACUCAAGACGUACAAAUUUUCCUUGAAAUUCAGCAGGAGCGCGGCAGAGCUGUAUUGAAACGCCAUAUUAUGGCCGUGCGCAACCAGAAGGUCUGUAGCGACUUAAGAGAGCGAUACAGCGCGGAUCCAAACAUGCCAACUUUCUGCGUCAGCAACACCAUGUACUCAGAACAGCGUGAUAAACCAGUUCAGGAAUCUCUUCCCUUUCUAAACCUGAGCGGAAUUCUUGAAUUGCGUCGUUAUUGUAUUGGAAUUGUCGCUGAAAGCCACCUGCAAGCAGCGACCAAGUACAUCAAGCGUGAAAUCCCAGCACUGUUGGGGUCCAUUGAAUUGUGGAUUAAGGCGGGCUCCGCGAAUACCAAUGAGGAAGGGAAAAAAAAGCUUACAGAUGUGGUUUCUCUAGUUCAGAAUGAAUUAGACCGAUUGACUUCUCCAGUGUCUCGAAUCAGUGAUAUUACGGACCAAAUAAUGUCCAAAUUUGAUGACCACUUACGACAUUACAUGCGUGUGUACUAA